GUUACGGUAAUGUCUUUUUAAACGAGACAUUGAUUAAUUUUGCUGGACCUAUUGUUGAAGUUUAUUUUGCCAAAAUUAUUGCUGAUUAUGCUGAAAUUGUUAAAAUUCAACGAGAAAAUACUCUAACACCUAGAAGAGUUGAGGCUUCUAAUAUAACAAGCAAUCAA